GUGUGUGUGACAGACCCCCUCCCAUUCUCCACCUCUUACCAGCACAAACAGCAGUGUGAUAUUUACAUUUCAAACGACAUUUACUUAUCUUCACCCUGCUAAUUCACAAUAUUAAUCUUUUAGAGAAGCAUUAGAGAAAUAAGACGCUGAUCUGAUCUUUUUCAUUCUGGCGAGGACCAAAGCAAGGAGUCUGCCAUCGUCAUGUCGCUUGUGACAUUGGGAAUCGCAGGAUUAUGAUGUUUUCUUGAAUGUUGUGUGUCGUGGGAGGUUUGGGAAUGGGAUCUCUGACGCCCUUAGGAAGCUGAAGACCCACUUUGAAAACAGCCUUUGUUUAUUGUUUUGAUCAAGUAAAAAUCAUAAUAUCAAAGACAUAUCUUCGCGUUAGGAUAGUACAUCGAUAGUUCAAUUGAAAAUAGACUGAAUUUGGACAUCAACUCUAGCCCGCAGUGAUGCUUCAGUGUCUGGACUGACUUUUAAUAUGCGCACUCAGACGGAAAUGGAAACCUGGACAUUUUAAAUCAUUGAUCACUUGGGACAGAUUCAUAAACAUAGACUAGCAACCAUAUCACAGCUCAAGCUGACAGCCAGAUGUGAAGGUGAUCGCGUUUCCUGGGCUUCCCUGAUCUAAGGGAUUAGUUGUAUUCGUCAUAACAGCAGAACAGUCUUCGGAGGGUCCAUCAUGCCCACCUCUCGGUCCGGCGCGUGCUCGGUGGAAUACUGGGUCGAUGGCUCGCGCCGAGAUGCGACAGUGGAGGAUUUCUAUAACAUGGGCCCAGAAUUAGGCAGGGGUGCCACAUCUGUUGUGUUUCGCUGUGAAGAGAAGCAAACUGAGAAACCUUAUGCUGUGAAGGUCUUGAAGAAAACUAUUGACAAGAAAAUUGUGCGGACAGAGAUCGGAGUCUUGCUGCGUCUCUCUCAUCCAAAUAUUAUUCGUUUGAAGGAAAUUUUUGAAACCGAGAUGGAGAUCUUUCUCAUCCUAGAGCUGGUCACAGGUGGAGAGCUCUUUGACAGGAUUGUGGAGAGGGGCUACUACAGUGAGAGAGAUGCAGCUCAUGUUAUCAAACAGAUCUUGGAGGCUGUGGCGUACUUACAUGAGAAUGGAGUUGUUCACAGAGACCUCAAACCAGAAAAUCUCCUCUAUGCUGACUUGUCAAUAGAUGCACCUCUUAAGAUAGCCGACUUUGGUCUUUCUAAAAUAAUCGAUGAGCAAGUGACGAUGAAGACAGUAUGUGGGACCCCCGGCUACUGCGCUCCUGAGAUCCUCAGAGGAAAUGCUUAUGGUCCUGAAGUUGACAUGUGGUCGGUGGGAGUCAUCCUUUAUAUUUUGCUGUGUGGGUUUGAACCAUUUUUCGAUCCAAGGGGGGAUCAGUACAUGUACAGUCGCAUUCUGAACUGUGAUUACGAGUUUGUCUCCCCCUGGUGGGAUGAAGUGUCUCUCAAUGCAAAGGAUCUGGUUAGUAAGCUCAUAGUGCUGGACCCUCAUAAACGUCUCACAGUCAAACAGGCUCUGGAGCACCCAUGGGUGCUUGGAAAAAUAGCACGGUUCUCCCACAUGGACACAACACAAAGAAAACUGCAGGAAUUUAAUGCUCGACGCAAAUUAAAGGCUGCUAUGAAAGCUGUGGUUGCCACAAGCAGGAUGCACGAGGGCUCACGACGGCGGACAGACAGCUGCGAAAUGCCUAACGCAGACAAGACCUCACGCCAGAGCAGCAUACAGAAGGACAACACAGUGGAUUCUCAGAGAGAGCCCAUUCCCAUUAAAGAGGGAUCUGAGCAGGUUGAAGAUGGAGCCCUGAGUCCCUCGUGUCCCCACCUCCACCCUACCCAUAAAUCUAAACCUUCUGUCCUAUCUGGGCCCAUGCCCACUCGCCCACCCCUCAUAGCAGAGGGACACAGGCAGACCUCGGUCCUUCCAAAGGCCCCAGUGGUUCGGCCCAGGGUGCCCAAGAAGAGCUGCUCAGUGGAUCCGGGAGGCAAACACGAGCCUUCGCUGGUGAGCACCUCCCCACCAAGUCCCAAGAACCUCAGUAAUGGUUUCUCCAUGAGCGUAGAGGCAGGCGGCAGUACGGCAGAAUGUCAGUAGCCUCGAAGAUCUAAAGAUUUGGAUUCUCACGGAAGACGAAGGAGGAAAAAGACGAUGCUUUAAAAAUACACUGAGAAUUUCUUCUUCUCCUCUUCCACGUUUGCCAUGUGAUAUUUUGAUAAUGGACUGACACAUGAUGAGCUGUUUCUUAAAGCUCUUCGUAUGGAGGCAUGUGGCUUUGAUGGCAACUUUAGGUUAGCAACACAGCAAACAUAGUUGUUUUCUCAUUGCACAAGCAGUGUGAAUAAGAUUGUCUCUCAUCUGAACUGAAAUUCAUGUUUCUCUUUCUUCAUUUGCUAUCAGAUACAGCUGUUCAUACAAUCCCAUUUUCUCUCUAAAGUUAGUGAGGAUCAAGUAUCUGUGAUGUUGUGAUAGUAUAUAUUUGUUUAGGAAUGACUGCUAAAAGACCCUUAAAUUUGUAUUGCAUACACUAUCUAUAUAUAUAUAUAUAUAUAAAGUGUAUCUUUAUAUGUCUUUUCCCACAUCUUAAUUCAACCUUUUUGUAUUAGCACAUUACAAAAAAUUCUUCAAUGAUUUCUAAAAGCUUAGACUAAUGGAAGGAUAUGACAGAAUGCCACACUCAAGGAUUAUGUUUUUCCCGGCUCAUCUUUGGCAGUUUAUCACCCAUCAAAUUGAUGUCAUUCAGGGUUACCACACUGAUGUCAAAUUCAGUCGCCCCCUUCUUCUCUCUUAAAGAUCUGGGAAUGUUUUAUUGAAAAUUGCACCUAAACUGCAACUGUACUACGAGAAAUCUUCUAUAUGAGGUGGAAUUAAUACAAUGCUUCAGCCACACUGUCUACCUCUUCUACUGUACAGGGGCUUCCAACUUCUCAAAUAGGUAAUUCUGCAGAGAUCUAGUCUUGGGAUUGAAGGCAUAGAAGAAUAUUUUUCAAUGUUGAAGGGCUGUUUUUUUUGUGAACUUUAUGUAGGCUAAAUUUAUCUGCCUCUAUGAACAUGUAACAGCAUUGCAAAAUGUUUCAGUAUAUAAGAUAGUUGCUUCUCUCAUUCUACUUUAUUUUGAUCUUUGCCAAACAAGAAUGCUUUGUUUAGACA